UUGUCACAAACCACAUUAAAAAAAAAAAAAAAAAGCAAAACCUUAGGAAAGCCAGAGAAGCAAAUGUCAAAGCCACUGGAUUUUUAGAGAAGAGAACCCAAAUUUCGUCUUUCGUUUUUUUCUUACAAAUCAAACUCAGUGAUUUUUCUUGGUUUGUUUUUGAGAGUUAACCCAGAUGGCAAUUCAGUUAGAGAAUCUGGUGCAGUCAAUCAAAUCAAAAGUUAGAGCCUUGAAGAAGAAGUCCAAGAAACCAUACAUCAAGAUGGACAAGAGUGCAAGUGUUAAAGUUGAGAUCCGUAGCAGAAAAGCAAGAAAACUUAUUGACAAGACUCUUCAAGUUGCUGAUCGUCCUGGGAAACGUACCAUUUCUUGAUUCUCUUUAGCAAUUUUCUCGUGUCCAAUAAAUGUUCUCUAAUCUUUGUAUAGGUAAAUUUUAGAUUUUCUUUUUUUGGGGGGAGGGGUUUUCGUCUGUGUGCCUUCCGAUUCUGUGUUUCUUCAGAAGUUAAGAACUUUUAAGGCGGGGAACCGUUUCGGGUUUGGCCUGACGUCAGAAUGUUUUUUCUAUGUAAGGAUCAAUGAAAAGCUUACAUAUUUAAUUUGUUGCUAUUUA